CUCGUAUGGCCCACUGGGUUUGUGUUAUUGUUUACCGUCGCACGUUGAUAAAGUGAUAAGGUUCAAAAAUUGCAUUUUUUCCUUAGAAAUAAUGAAUUUACUGCCCAAGUCUCACAAGGAAUUCAGGGAGACAGAGUACUGGAACAGAUUUUUCAAGCAACGAGGAAAGAACAACUUCGAAUGGUAUGGGGAGUACCUGGAGUUGGCAGAGCUCCUGCACAAGUACGUUAAGCCGACGGAUGAAGUACUGAUGGUGGGCUGCGGAAACAGUUCCCUGAGUGCCAGUUUGUACGACGUGGGCAUCAGGAAGGUGACAAACAUCGAUAUCUCCGAGGUAGUCAUCAAGCAGAUGAAGAAUCUCCACAGCAGUCAGCGUCCGGAUAUGGAAUUCCUCCAGAUGGACGCCACUCAGAUGACCUUUGAGGAUGGGAAGUUCUCUGUGAUCCUGGAUAAAGGAACUCUUGACGCCCUGAUGACCGAUGGAAGUGCAGAGACUCUGGCUAUUGUCCAGAAAUACUGGGCAGAAGUGGCAAGGACCCUUAGGCUGGGCGGUAGAUACAUUUGCAUCUCCCUGCUCCAGCAGCAUAUCCUGGAAGCCAUUGUGCCUCAUUUUGCUGAGGAAAACUUCAUGCUGAGAGUCAAUCGAUGCCACGAGGCUGAGCAGAAGAGCGCAGAGAACAGCAAAGACGGAACUGCAAUGCCUGUCUUUAUGGUCAUAGCGACUAAGUUCAAGCCAAUGCCUAAGAAAAUCCUCGAAGUUUCUCUGUCCGUGGACAUUGGCCAGAUCCAGCGAGUGGAAUCUGAGCAGGAAUUAACUGAAGCCAUCCGGAGUGCCCAGAAAGCCGCAAUGGUCGUCUCUGGACUCCAUCGCUUGAGCAUUGCUGAUCACAAUGAGGUUUCCUUGGAUCUCUAUCGACCAGGCGAACAAAUUCCUCGGUACACGAUCUUCGUGCUGGACCAGAAAGGGCCCUUCGGCACCGGGAAGUACGCCUGCUUCAUUGUCCCUCAAGGCCGGGAGGGAGAGUGGCUCUUCUUCACGCCAGAAGGACGACGGAGGCUCCUGGAGAAUGUCAAGUACAAUCGUCUGGCCAUCGUGACGAUGCACAGGCAGCAGAAGUAUCUCUCCUGGGACGAUGUCAAGGAUGAACUCUCGGCCAGUGUUCAGAAUCUAGCGCCGGCGGAUCUCAAAUCCAACGAAAUGAUUCCCUACUUGUCCCUGACCGGAGAUCUGGGCACCCGGGAGAUCAUCUACGAGGGAAAGAGCCCUUGCUCUGGAGACUUCAUCAUCGAGGAUUUCACUGGACAGGACAACCGGACACUCAGGAAGCUCAUCUUCCUCUCCAAUCAAUUUGUCACUCAAUCCGAGGCUCAAGUCAAAUUUGUAAAAAAGAGAAAGAAGAAGGUAAAAGUAAUCGACAAAUGCUACUUGGGCUGCCAGCAUCAUGUUUUCAUGACAAUGGGCGUCCAAAUGGCUGAAAAGUUGGUGCCCAAAGCCCCUAAAAAUAAGCCUCUCAACACUCUUUUAAUUGGUCUUGGCGGCGGAGGACUCUGUAUCUUUAUGCAGCAAUGUUUGAUGAAUUGCAAAAUAACUGCGGUGGAAAUUGAUCCGGAAAUGCUUCAGAUAGCCACAAAGUACUUUGGCUUGGAGGAGAGUGAGAACAUCGAGGUUGUGAUUGAUGAUGGGAUCAAGUAUCUCAAACAAUUGCCUUCGCGAUCAGAAAAAUUCCACGCUAUCCUCUUCGAUGUGGACGGCAAGGACUCUUCCGUGGGCAUGAGUUGUCCUCCAAUGGACUUUGUCAGUGACGAAACACUGGGCUUCGUGAAGGAGGGAAUUGGGGAAAAAGGAUGUUUUAUCCUGAAUUUGGUUUGUCGCGAUGAUACCUUGAGGAAAGCAGUUGUGGAGAGACUGAAGAGAAUCUUCAAGACAGUUUGCAGUUACAAAGUUGAACUGGAUCUCAAUGAGAUUAUUUACUGCUUAAAUGAAGAAAUUUCAGAGGAUUUCUUGAAGAAAAUUUCCAGAGAAAUUUCCAAGGAAAUUGAUCAAAUUUCACAAAAACAGAAACUAGAAUUUGAUCAUGAUUUUUUGAAAGAAAAUGCUUUUCCAAAUAAAAUCAGAAUUCUUUGAAUGUGUUUAAAUAUUUUUUAGUAAUAAAAUUUUUACGCAAAAA